CUGCCCCGCCGCCAUGACCUGCCUGCAGUCCUCCUCCCAGGACAGCCUGGCGGGGAACGUCUGCGCCAUCGAGGGGCUCCCGCCGCUGCCCAAGGGCCUCAGCGGGAUCCUCAACUCCAGCGGGGGCUCCUGGCGCGAGAUCGAGAAAGUCUACAGCAAGAAGACGCGGAUCCAGGACGACCUGAGCAAGUCCCAGGCCGCCUCCGAGAAGCUGCUCCUCCGCAGCAAGCCGGCCAACCUCGACUCGGCCCUGGCCGUGCUGCGCAAGGAGAUGGUGGGGCUUCGGCAACUCGACAUGUCCCUCCUCUGCCAGCUCUGGUCCCUGUACGAGUCCAUUCAGGAAUACAAAGGCCUCUUUCAGGACAUGUCUUCCUCCCUACACUCGGAAGGGAGCCUUGCUGCCGAAAACGGCUUCUCCGAUGAGGACGAGGACUUUGAAGUGGAUCCGAUGAGCCCCGACGGGCACAAGGAGAACCCCCUGGGCCAGCGGCUCCGUCUGCUCCAGCCGCAGAACUCCCGGGACCAGUGGCUCCAAGACUCAUUCCACAUCACCAUCUGAAGUGGGCCUGUGCUCCAGAGUUGCCUUUCCGCCUGGGCAGCUGGAGAACUUGACCACUUCUUUGGAAAAGAUUUUGGGUGGGUUUGUUUUUUGUUUUUCAGGGAUUGGUGACUGGUGGGAGGGAGAUGAGGUGCGUUCGCACUGACAGUUUGCCGCUGGUUUCACAAUAUUGGAACUACCCCUUGAGGAUCACCUUCCACUUUGCACUUAACCAGUGGUGGCUUAGUAUUAACUUACCGCCAGGGGAUCCAGCAGGAUUUCACUGAGCAACCUUUCCAGAAAGAGAGAACGAGGAAAGUUUAUUUGCGUAAUUCCUUCUAUUCCUCCAGGGCAUAGAUAAGGGGCUAGAGUGUCCUUUUUUCUCUUCUUCCAAAGGCAGCGGCCUCCAUCCUCCCUCGCUUGGGGAAAAAAGGGGCUUAUAGGACAGGUGGUGGCAAAGCAAAGAUGAGCAGCUGCAGUUCAAUCAUAAGAAAGUAAGCCUGUCUAGUCCGACAUCCUGUUGUCCACAGUGGCCAACCAGGUGCCCAGAACAGAUAGACCUGUGGCCCUCCAGGUAUGUUGGACAGCUGCUGCCACCAUCUCUGACCAUUGGCCAUGCUGGCUGGGGCUGAUGGGAGGUGGAGUCCAGCAACAGCUGAAGGUGCCCGGGUUUCCCCAGUCCUGACCUUGGCAAAGCCUAGCUGUCCUCCGCUGCUGUCGCCCAGCAGCUGUUGUUCUGGACCUGCGGAUAUGCGCCUAUGAAGUGUUUGAGGAAUAACAGAGGCCAUGCCGGUGGCUACCUCACUGAUCAUUUCUGGGGAAUGGAUCACACAUCACUAGGCACUGUCUUCUCCUGCGCUGCCUCAGGUCCUCCAGCCAAAAAACGUGGGCAGAGGAUAUCGGGAUUUCCCUCUCCCGCCUCUCUGGCUUCCUGCCCACGACUCACUCCGACCUCAUCCGUCUCCUUGGGAGAGGGAGGCCCAUAGCUCAGUGGCAGAACUCCAGCUGUGCAUGCAGAAGGUCCCAGCUUCAAUCCCCAGCAGCACCGCCAGGCAGGAAAAGCUUCCCAGCCUGUUAACCUGAAGCACCACUGCCCAUCUGUGGACAGAGCUAGAUGGGCUAGUGGCCUAACUUAGCAUAAGGCUACUUCUUAGGCUGAUUUGUUAGUGGGGUGGUGGUGGUAGCUCAGUGGUUAUGCUCCUGCCUUGCAUGAGAAGGCCCCAGCUUCAGUCCCCAGCAUCUCCAGGUCAGGCUGUCGGCAAAGACUCCUGCCUGAAACCCUGAAGGGCUGCAGGGAGGCAGGGUAGGCACUUCUGAGCUGCAUGGAGCAAGGGUCCAACACUUGCUAUAAGGCAGCUUCCUGUGCGUCUAGAGGCUGAGCUCACUGCCCCCCAGUGGCAGCUGACGGCUCCAUGUCAGUAGGGGCAGUAGAAUCCGCUCCAGGUUUUAGUCCAUACUGAAGCACCUUGAACAGCUCCUUGAAAGUUUGGACUAAAACCUGGAGUGGAUCCCACUUCUCCAGACACGGAGCCACUAGCCGUCACUGCUUCCCCCCUUCUUCCCCGCCCCCCGGAAGUAUCCAGGAAUGGUGUAGCUAGAUAGGAGCCUGCUGUGUGCACGAAAAAGCUUAUUCGAUAGAUUUUUUUUCUAGGCAGAGUUGCAUUUGCUGGAUUAAUUAUUAGUGCCUCGGCUGUGUUACCUAAAAUCGGCCUCUUUAAAAUAUUUAAUGAUAUAUGAUUGUUUUCUUUGUUUAAUUAUUUUUCAGGCCUUGAAAUACAAGGGUUUUGGGGCGGAGGGAGUGUCCCUGCUUCUUCCUCUCCCCCUCCCCCCCUUCUAUACCUGGGUACAAAUGUUGGAUUGCUAAUUUAAUAUAUUGGUUUUUGUAAUGGGGCAUUUUGCAACUGGAUCCGUCGCCACGGCGGGGUGAAUCCAGGGAAUAAAAUGGCAUCCCAAAUCAGGGCCUGUCUGCGUUUCAUUCCAAGCUGAUUCCAAUGCUGACUUGGCCAAAGUUUUCUAAAGAGGUAAAAAAGCAAAGGAAACCAUGAUUUGUGCUGGACCUAAGUUGCAUAAGAGUAGGCAAGCUUUUAGGUGUUACAGAACUCUUCACUGGGCAGAAAAUGUGAUAUCUGAAACCCUGCGUACUUUUGCACCAGGAUCACCACUCAGUUGGAUCAGUACAAGGAAACAUUUUUAACGACUUAGUACCUCCCUAUCUUUUUCAGAACUGUGCGUCCUUGCUAUCAUGAAAAUGAUAAUAACAGAUAUUUUAUGCGCCCUUCACCAUAAGAACCCAGGACAGUAUACAGCAGUAUAAAAACAGAAGGUUAAAAUCCAUUAGAACAAUUGACAGUCAGAAGAAUAGCGUGGGGCCCUUUGGAAAACACCACCAUCUGCUCCUUCUCCAUGAAAGAUCCUGGGCUGGUAGGGUUGCCAUAUUGCCCGGAUAGCCGGGUUUUACCCGGAUUCUAUGCAUGCCACCCGGCGCCCGGCUAGCCCUUUACGUGGCCCGGAUUCUCAGCUUUAAUUUAAAAAAUUAAGUUUCUAGGUGGUCCGGUUCUCGAGAUAUACAUACAAACGUCAGCCACCCCCCUCGACUGUUAAACCUUUCUUUAAACAGUACUGUACUAUAGCACUUUGUAGCUUUAACCCCGCCCGUUCAGCAUUGCAGCCAAUCAGGGAUUGUGUUUCAGUUUCAUUGACCUCAGGCAGUGUCUAGAAAACAAAAUGGUGGUUUCACACACACACACCCCGUUUAUCUGAAAAUCUCAUAAAUUGGGUAAGUAUAUACAUUUCAGUUUUGUUUCCUCUUGUGUGCAGGAGUCAGACCUUGGGCAAUGUUUUGAAAACCUUCCCAAUACUUGCUUUUUGUAAAAGCAAUGCUAAUCCCAUAUGCCCAGAGUAAAUCCCAUUUAAUUCAAUAGGACUUACUUUGAGUAGACAUGUUAUGAAUGUGCUGAAAAUCAAUGGGACUUUGGAGUGAAUGUAAAAAAGAA